GCGCCAUCCUCUGCAUUUCAGUAAAAAGCGACGGUGUGAGAGUGAGUGUCGACAAAAUGGCGAGCGAAGCGCAGAGAUUAAUCGGAAUUUCCUUGACGAAGAUCGCACAAUCGCGCUCGCACCGAGGGGGCGUCAGCCUGCACAAGAACCUCCUGGUGGCCACCGUCCUCCAGAAAGCACGCUAUAUCUUUAUGGAGGAGGCCUACAACAUGGUGCACUACCAGCCGCCCGCGCCCGUACAAGCCCGGCCGGUGCCCGCCGAGGAGUUGGUGGGGCUCACCGCCGAGGACGCAGGUCUGCCCGAUGACGUGCAAGAGGCCGCAGGAGACUUCCAGGAUUUCCUGCAGCCGAGUUGUGUGAAGUGUGCCGAGAACCAAAACAAGGAGAAUUUGCCGCCCUCCGAGUUGACGUAUUUGGACCUAGACAAGGGGCCUAGUGUGCUCAAAGAGCGCGGGAAUUGCCUGAAGCGCCGGAGAGCCGUCGCCGAGUGGGAGACCGAGGAGGCCGUGCAGUCGAUCCUCCCAAAGAGGAGUAAGAACGAAGAGGAGGAGGAGGAGAGUGAUUCGGUGUUUGUGGAUGAGGCGACGGCGCUGGCGGAUAGCGUCACCAAGGAGGUAGAGGCGGAACGCGGCUCGGCUAUGGAAAUCGACCGGAUUACCAGUCUCGUAUCAAUCUUCAGCUUCAGCAUGGGGGACAGCAAACUCAACAGGUCGGUUUCGACGCCGGAUUUGUGCUCAGCGCAAGCGAAGGAUGCCGACAGUAUACAACAGAGGCCCUUUCUCGCGAUGACGGUCUAGACGGACCUGGGGAUUUCCGGUUUUGAUCUCGACAACGACGUCCGUGUUGUGUUUGUGAUAAGGCGCGGAGAGAAAUGCCAGAUCUUGUGAUAGAAGUGUAUUUUUGUAAAGAGGGGGUCUCAAGGUUUGAGUCGACGGCGACAUUCCAUUUACCUGGGUGCCAGGUAGCUGUAAAGAGAAGAACCAGUUCAAAGCCCGACUGAAGCCAAAGGGACGCGGACUUGUACAUAAAACUAAGAAAAUUGGCGAUACGGCUCUGUUUUAAGAGACCAUGUAAUUUUAUUCUUGUACAUAGACUUCAUUAUACCACUUAUAUAUUUCAAAAAUAAAUUUUUAAAUAUA